AUGGUCGAGGCCGGGCAGCAGCAGCCCGAGGAUGAAGCCCCUCGGCGGCGGUCGAGCGUCUUCGAGAUUCUCUCCCUGCCGGAGAUACAAAUGCCUUCGAUCAACCGUACGACGAACAAGAACAAGCAGCUCCACCAAUACCAGACUGUGAACAAUAGGCCGCGAUGGCUGCUCCAUCUACAGGCUGAGAUCUGGCGAUUCCUCAUGGGCAUCGGCAUGUUUCUACAUCGUCUUGCUCCCCCGCGACCACCCAAGCCCAAUUUCUACCGUACCAUCGACAGCACAAUAGCCGGGAUCAAGGGCCAGAUUACACUCCACUUCUAUGUCCCUAGCGAUUUCAACUCCCAGAAGAAGACAUUUACAGCCCGUCCAGGGGUGUUUGGCGAUGAGGAAGCUGGAACACUGCCAGAAAGAGGAAGUGCAAUCAGAAGGUCAAUAGGCUCCAUCAGUGGCGCUAUGCGGCGGCGGAGCUCACGUGGUCGGCGAUGGGGUGGAUAUCCUGUGGUUAUAAACUUCCAUGGGGGAGGAUUCACGCUCGGCUCUCCGUACGACGAUGCACGAUGGUGUGGGACUGUCGUACAGCAGUUGAAUGCCAUCGUGGUAUCAGUGGAUUACAGGCUGGCUCCUGAACAUCCCUUCCCAACAGCAGUAGAGGACGGUGUAGAUGCUGUUAUCWGGAUCCACAAGCAUGCCGCAGAAUUUGGUAUUGAUACAGACAAGAUCGUGCUCUCUGGCUUUUCCUCUGGCGCCAAUAUGGCAUUUACCGUUCCUCUACGGCUGUAUGAUGAGCAGACGGGUUUCAGGCGCGAGGAAGGAGAUGUUGUGGUGAAAGAAGGUGCAAAUGCAGGCAAGACAUUGGACACUGUGCAGGAAGAUAGUGAGACAGCACAGAAGGAUGGUAAACAUGCCCGCGACUCUUCUGCAUCGCACUCCGGGUCAAGCUCCUCCACCAAAGUCCCACCCGAGGGCGAGAUACUAGAUCCGAGAGACCCACCGCCUUCCAAGCCUCCAAACCCUACCAAAACAACGUCCAUGGUUCAUACGGCUGCAAUUCCUGAACUACCCGAGAUCAAGAUCCGCUGCAUCGUCCCUUGGUAUCCUUCUCUAGACUACACGCGUACUCGUGAGGAGCGCCGAGCAACUUGCGUCCGCGCUGAUCAAGAACUGCCCUCGCUGUUUACGAACCUCUUCGACGACUCCUACCUCCACCCACCCAAAGAUGUCUCCCUCGACUCCCCGUACCUCUCCCCCGGCGUAGCAGCUACAGAUCUCCUACGGAAUGMAUUACCCACGGAGAUCAUCAUGCACACGUGCGAAUGGGACAUGCUGCUCGAUGAAGGACAGGCUUUCUACCAGCGGCUCUCCUCCAAAGAGAUUGGGAAGCAUGUGAACUAUACCAUGGUUCCAGGCGUACCACAUGGAUGGGAUAAAGCACCCAAUCCGUGGAAACCCACACCCGGAGUGAAGGAGCACUAUCUCAAAGCUUGCAAGGCGAUGAAAGCCGUGCUUGGGCAAAGAGAUGGGAGAGAUCCGAGUGAAGGUCCGAAUGCUGAUGCCCCGCGUCAAUCGAGUAUGGUCAGAUAG